AUGAAGUUCUCCGUUAUCACUGCCAUUGCUGCCGCCACGGUCGCCGUCGCCUCGCCUGUCGCGGUCGAGCACGAGGCGCGCCAGGGUCCUACCUUCCCCUCGACCUGCACCUCGGUCUGCAACAUGUUCUUCCCGGUCUACAACAGCUGCAAGGAUAUCCCCACCAAGCCCGCGUUCCUCACCUGUCUCCAGCCCAUUUGCUCUGAGGCCGCUUGGCCCAAGCUCGGCCCCUGCCUCACCUGCUGGAGCGCCGCCACUGGCGGGUCGACCAUCCCCUGGUGGAGCCUCUUCAGCCAGGCCUGCACUUAA